UCACCACACUUCAACUUCUUCGUCUUCUUCCUACAUCUCCUUCUUUAUUUUUCAUUCUAAGCCAUAUCUGCCUUCAAAUUUAUCUUACUAUUUUUUUAUUCCAAGUCUUACCAUGUCUACACUCAACCAAAGCAGCUCCCUCAAUAGUUGCACCAAGUUUCCCAUCCCUCCCCGUGACAACCAUGUAGUAGAUGAAAUCCAAUCCCAACCCUUUGACUACUCCAAACGUGCCCAAUGGCUACGUGCAGCUGUCCUCGGUGCCAACGAUGGCCUCAUCUCUACGGCAUCUCUCAUGAUGGGUGUUGGUGCUGUUAAGCACGACGUCAAGGCCAUGAUCCUCACUGGUUUUGCCGGUCUCAUUGCAGGUGCUUGCAGCAUGGCAAUCGGUGAGUUCGUUUCAGUCUAUUCUCAAUUGGAUAUUGAAAUGGCGCAAAUAAAAAGGAGUCGUGACCAUAGAAAAGAGUUGGAGGAAGAGGAAACAGCAAAACUGCCGAACCCUCUUCAGGCGGCAGUGGCUUCAGCCUUGGCCUUUUCUACGGGGGCAAUAGUGCCACUAUUGGCUGCGGCGUUCAUAAGGGAAUAUAGGGUUCGGCUCGGGGUGGUGGUGGUGGCAGUCACGGUGACACUAGUUGGGUUUGGUUGGUUGGGAGCGGCAUUAGGGAAGGCGCCAACGGUUAGGUCGGUGGUUAGGGUCUUGAUUGGAGGGUGGGCAGCUAUGGCUGUCACUUUUGGAUUGACAAAGUUGAUUGGAUCGAGUGGACUAUAAGAGAAUAAUUUUUAUUUUAAAUUAUAUACAACAAUAUUUACUUUCUAAAAAUAGUUAAAAUCAUUUUUCUCAUUUUCAAAAUCAUUCUAAAACAUGCUCUUAAUUUUUUAAAACUAGCAUUUAAAAAGUUAAAUUUUAAUAAUAAAUUAUUUUGAAUCAUCAAUAGCUUGUUUUAGAGUAAUCUUAAAAAUGAUAAAAGUGAUUUUAACGGUUUUAAAUUCGCCUUUAAACCUAGAUUAAGAGUUUCUACUAACUUUCUAAUAUUUAGUAUUUGUUAGCUAGCAAAAAUAUGUGACAUUUGAAAGUUAAUGAUUGAAAGUAUAUAUACUUAUGCCCCAUCAUAAAGUUAGUAGAAGUGUUCUUUGUAAUUGGUGUGUAGGUAAGUAUAUAUUGUGGGAUGGAGAGUGAUUAGUGGAAUUUUGGCUUGAUUUUAUUUGCCUUAGUGGUUAUUGUUGAUUGGGGCAAUUGUUGUUUGAUAUUUAGUAGUGUAUGUAUAUGCUUAAAUAGUUGUAUAUAUUGGAAAGAGAAGGAGAAGGCUAAUCUAUAUAGCCAAACUUAAUCUCCAUGGGAUAUUUUUAUGUACUUAAUUAAAUCACCACUCUUAAUAAAUAUCUUGGUGAAAUAAUUCAAUGUUUUUA